GAUUUAUAGUUUUUAAGUCCGAGUUGUUUGAACAAUUUUUAUUUAAUGUUUAUGAAAGGAAAAUUAUAUUAAAUGAACAAACAUUAAAAUGUCGCCAUAUAUAUACAUGUAUACUAUGUAUACCUGAACUUCAUAUAAGUUACAUAUAUUAACUAAAAAUGUCAUAACCGUAAUUAAUAAUGUAUAUUACCAAUUUAAACAGAUUUAAUAAAUAAUCUGACACUUUUGUUUAACCUGCAUGACUUCUUCUGUAAUAAUUUGUCAUCGAAGAUAUUUGGAUUUGUGUUGUGAAGUGGGGUGGAUAACAUUUUUUUAUUCAUCGAUGCAUAGAUAGUUGAUAUGUAUUUAUAAAACAGUAAUUAUAAUUUUAUGUACUUAUUGAAGUAAUUGUCAUUUUAUGACAAUAAGUUCAAUUGACAAUGCGAUGACGGUCUCAAAUCCACUUAUCAAAGAAUUGAAAGGUUGGACGCGAAAAUUAACAGAAUGUGGCAAAGGGAUUGAUGACGGAAAUUUGGAUUUGCCUUUGUUUUGUAAAUGUUUAGAAAAAUGUUUACAAAAAGGCAUAUUAAUGAGCUUAAGCCCUAUAGGGUUUUCAAAAGUACCCAAUGCUUGGUAUUGGUUGGAAGAAAUUGCUGGAAAACAUUUCAGUUCCUCUUGUACUUAUUCAUUAAUGGUUGAACAAGUUAAACAAAAUCCUAAAGUUCAAACGCCUACUGGACGUCUUAGGCUAUUAAUUAGAACAUGUUUGAUAAGAAAGUGCCUUUAUAUGCCAAUUGAAAUGCUGGUCAGAACACCAUUAAUGGCUAUAGAGUAUUAUGAUAAAAACAGUAUUUUAGGAGAUGAAAUUCUUGGUGAAAUAUUUUUAUCUGUAUUAUUGCAAAGUAGUAAACUAAAUUUUAAAUUAAAUUUACGGAAUUCUAGUUUUUUGGAUGAUACUUGGGAUUUACCAGAAUGCAUGGCAUUAGAAUUAGUGCCAUGUAAAAGUUUAGGUAUCUCUGUAUGUUUUACUAAAGGAAAAGCUUUAAUAAUUAACUUAGAUAAAAAUUCUGUAGCUGCGGAAGAUGAUAAAAUCGAAGUUGGCGAUGUUCUGGAUGAGAUAAAUGGAUAUGCUAUAACAUCCAAUGCUAAAGGACAAUUAUCUAGAAUUAUGAAAAAGACUAUUGGUCAGCCAGUGUGUCUACAUGUAAUUAAACAUCGUCAUAAAGAAACGCAAGAAAUAUAUACCCCAAUAAUACAACUCGUACGAAACUCUGGUGCUGAAUGUUUGAAAAAAAUUUUAAAAAAGUUUAAUUCGGAUAAACAAGAUCAUGAAGAGCAAUCUGAGAUAUCUAAGUCAGUACAGAAAUCAUUAAAUGCAGGAUUUUCUCUGAAAUAUUGUGGUUCAGUACAUAUUGGUACAGAAGGAGAUGUAAAACAAAUCGAAAAAGCAAUAGUCCAAGUAUUGAAGUCAGACGAUUUGAAACUAGUGGCUGUCAAAUUUGAAUGUUUAGAAAUUGGCAUUAGAGUGACUCAGGACAUGGAUGGUAAAGUAAUAUGUAAACAAAGUUACAUGGAAAUCUCUUCUUGCGGUCGUACUACAAACAUUCCAAACUAUUUUGCAUUUAUUACAGGAAAUACUAAUUGCAGCUUAGCAACCAAAUUUGAUGCACAUGUAUUUUAUCAUCAAAAUGAAAAUAUAGUGCAGACUAUACUACAAAGUAUGGGUCAAGGAUUUCAACGUACUCAUUUUGCGGUUUAAGUGUUUCAAAUAAAAAAUAUAUUCCUGUAGCAAAUUAUUUUAAAUGAUCUAAAGCACUUGCCUAGUGCACUUAUCUAGUCAAUAUGUUUCUUAUUUUCUUCACAUCGUGAAUGGCUUUUCCAUCUAAAUAAAAUGAUUUUAUUUUAAAUAUAUACAUAUAAACAAAUGAUAUAUUUUCUUAGAAAAUCAUAAAUUAUAUAUGUACACGAGUGUUGUGUGUUCGCUCUUCUACCUUCUAUUCACCCUAUGUGCUUAGAAUAUCACUGAAGUGACACUGAUUAAAGUAUAUAGUGUCAUCGUCAUAGUAAUAUAUUAAAAAUGUUAUUUUCCUAUUAAAAUAAUGUCAAUGGAAGAUACAAUAAAUUCCGAAAA